AUGCCUUCCGCUCUUCAACGACGGCUUCGGAUCUCGAUCGAUCGAGGCGGCACCUUCACCGACUGCGUCUGCCAAGUGGCAGGCCAGGAGGACAUUGUCGUCAAGAUCCUCUCCGUCGACCCCCGCCACUAUCCUGAUGCGCCGACUGAAGCCGUGCGGCGCGUGCUCGAGCAACACACAGGCCGAGUGAUCCCGCGGGGUACCACACUAGACCUCAGCGAUGUCGGUGAGUUAGAUGCUAUUCUGGCCCUCAAUUCACAGACACACGCUGACCCAGCAGAAUGGAUCCGGAUGGGCACCACCGUGGCGACCAACGCCCUGCUGGAGCGCAAGGGCGAGCGCACCGCCCUUCUCGUCACGGCCGGGUUCAAGGAUGCGCUGCAGAUUGGGAACCAGGCGCGCCCGCACAUGUUCGACUUGGCCAUCCGCCGGCCGCAGCCGCUAUAUGAUGAGGUGAUGGAGGUCUCCGAGCGCGUCGUGCCAGAGCGCUGCCGUGACUCGGCCGUCCUGCGCAACAAGACCCUUGCCUACCCGCAGGCAAUCGUCUCGUCCGGCGAGUCUGGUGAGACGGUGCUCGUGCUCCGGCCCCUGGACGAGGCGGCCACGCAGGCAGGCCUGCAGCAGCUGCGUGCCCGGGGCUUCCGCUCCAUCGCCGUAUGUCUGAUGCACGCGUGCGCCUUUCCGGCCCACGAGCUGCGCAUCGAGGCGAUGGCCCGCGCGCUGGGCUUCGAGCACAUCUCGCUGUCCCACCGCGUCUCGAGCCGGCCGAAAUUCGUGCCCCGUGGCAACUCAGCCGUCAUGGAUGCCUAUCUCACCCCGACCAUCCGCCAAUACCUCGCCCAGAUCCAGGCCAACUUUCCCACUGGCCCCGCUUCCACCCGCCUCGAGUUCAUGCAGUCUGACGGCGGGCUCGUGCCUGCUGACCGGCUCUCCGGCCUACACGCCAUCUUGUCCGGACCUGCAGGCGGCGUGGUCGGGUAUGCGCGCACCCUAUACGACCCCGAGGCGGCAGCCCCCGUGCCAUUGAUCGGGUUCGACAUGGGCGGCACCAGCACCGACGUCAGCCGCUACGACGGCCGCUGGGACUAUGUCUUCGAGACCACCACGGCCGGCGUCCCCGUCCAUGCGCCCCAGCUCAAUGUCAAUACGAUCGCCGCUGGCGGUGGCAGCAUUCUCACCUGGACCGGCUCACUGAUGGCGGUCGGUCCAGAGAGCGCCUCCUCGCAUCCGGGUCCAGCCUGCUACCGCAAGGGAGGGCCCCUGACUGUCACCGAUGCGAAUCUUGCCCUGGGCCGGCUGCUGCCAGAGCAUUUUCCUGCUGUCUUUGGCCCUGAGGAGAACCAGCCCCUAGACCGAGAGAUUGUGCUGGCUAAAUUUCAGGCCCUGACCGAUCUUAUCAACCGCGAUACGGGCAAGGCCCUGACUUGGGCUGAGGUGGCUGACGGCUUCCUGCAGGUUGCCAACUCGGCCAUGUGCGGGCCCAUUCGCAGUCUCACCGAGGGCCGCGGACAUGAUGCCGCAAAACACCAUCUGGCCUCCUUUGGCGGCGCCGGUGGGCAACAUGCCUGUGAGAUCGCCGAGGCUCUAGGCAUCCAACGCGUACUGAUUCACCGGUAUUCUUCCAUCCUCUCCGCCUAUGGCAUCGGCCUGGCUGAGGUGGUGCACACGGAGGAGCGACCCUGUGGCAAGUCCCUCGACGAGACUAGCGCUGGGGGCAUCAUGGCUGAUUUGGCGGCCCUUGCCCGCACCGCUGAGAGUCACUCGUCGAUGCACGGGUUUGCCCGCGUCGACACCCAGCCUGCCCUCUUCAUGCGGUACGACGGCAGCGAGACGGUUAUGAUGAUCGAUGCUGUGGUCGGCGGUGAUGCCAAGCAGGCCUUCAUCCACGCCCACCACAAACAGUUCGGCUUUACACCCACCGGCCAAACCGUCUUUGUUGACCAGAUCCGCGUGCGUGCCGUCGGCACAAACGACUUUGGUCCCAGAGAGCCGCCCAUCGUGACGGCCCAGAAAGAGGCGGCCAACGCUGCUGCCUGCCCGCAGCCACCGACAAGCCCAGCGCCUGAUGGGAUACGUCAGGUCUACUUCCGGCGGCUUGGAUGGGUGCAGACCCCCGUCUAUCUGCUCGGCUCACUGCCGGUGGGCAGCAAGAUCCCCGGCCCGGCUCUGGUGGUCGACCGCACGCAGACAAUCGUCGUGACCCCGCAGAGCUCGGCCACGGUUACCAGCCAGGUGCUUAUCCUGGAUGUCGUUGGGGAGCCGAAAAUGGUCAGUGCCACUGAGCUGGACCCCAUCCAGUUGUCCGUGUUCCGGCACCGGUUCUACGGCAUCGCCGAGCAGAUGGGCCGCGUGCUGCAAAAGGUCAGCGUCAGCGCCAAUAUCAAAGAGCGUCUGGACUUUAGCUGCGCCAUCUUUGCCCCGGACGGUGCUCUGGUCGCCAACGCGCCCCAUGUGCCCGCUAUGAUCGGCAGUAUGGGCUUUGCUGUGACCUCGCAGAUCCAGCACUGGAAGGGCAAGCUGCGGGAUGGGGACUGCCUGCUCUCCAACUCGCCGGCAUUUGGAGGAGUUCAUUUGCCUGACCUAACGGUCAUCACCCCGGUAUUUGAUGCCCAAGGCAAGGAAAUCAUCUUCUGGACGGCCUCGCGCGGACACCACGCUGAUGUCGGUGGAAUCCUGCCCGGGUCCAUGCCCCCGUCAUCUAAGCGGCUAUGGGAAGAAGGCGCCGUGUUCGACUCGUUCCUGUUAGUGCGUGACGGCAAGUUCGCUGGCGACGAGCUGAAGCGGCUGCUUUGCGACGAACCUGCAAAGUUUCCCGGCUGCAGCGGGUCCCGGUGCUUCCAGGACAAUGUCACGGAUAUCAAGGCUCAGGUGGCCUCCAACAAUUGUGGGAUCCGGCUCGUUCGACAACUCAUUGAGGAGUACACGAUGGAUGUCGUCCAGAUGUACAUGAAGGCCAUUCAGGAUUCUGCCGAGCUGGCGACCCGCAAUUUGUUCAAGAAAGUCGCAAAGGAAUUCGGCAGCGGCAGACCCAUGGCUGUCGACUACAUGGAUGAUGGAACCCCAAUUCAGCUGGAAGUCAUCAUCAACCCGGAAGAUGGCUCCGCUGUGUUUGACUUUACCGGCACGGGGCCGGAGGUUUACGGCAACUGGAAUGCGCCGAUCGCCAUCUGCCACUCUGCAGUGAUCUUUGCGCUACGCUGCAUGGUGAGCUCGGAUAUCCCACUGAAUCAAGGAUGCAUGAAGCCCAUCACGCUAGUCAUCCCGGACCAGUCCCUCCUCCGACCCAGCGUCGAAGUGGCCGUAUGCGCCGGCAACGUCCUUACCUCCCAGCGCAUCGUCGACGUCAUCUUCAAAGCAUUCCGCGUCUGCGCCGCCUGCCAAGGCUGCAUGAAUAACUUCACCUUUGGCAUCGAAGGUGAGGGUGGCUUCGGAUACUACGAGACCAUCGCCGGCGGCAGCGGUGCCGGUCCCGGCUGGAACGGCACCCACGGCGUCCACACCAACAUGACCAACACACGCAUCACCGACGCGGAAUCGCUCGAGCGCCGCUACCCAGUCAUCCUGCGUCGCUUUGCCUUCCGUCCCCACAGCGGGGGCCAGGGCAUCUGGCACGGCGGCGACGGUAUCAUCCGCCAUGUCGAGUUCCGUCUCCCCAUGUCCGCCUCGAUCCUGUCGGAGCGUCGCAGUCUGGCGCCCUACGGCCUGGAGGGGGGGAGCGAUGGCCAGCGCGGCCGGAACACCUGGGGUCAGUACACGUCCGGCGGCGUAUGCUCGCUGGGCGGCAAAGGUUCUGCAUUGGUUGAGCCGGGCGACUGGAUCGUCAUUGAGACUCCUGGGGGUGGGGGGUAUGGAGUCCCUACAGCUAUGCAUGCUGUGGAGGACCUCUCGCAGACUCGAUCUUCGGCUUUUGCCCAUGUAGCUGUCGCCAAUGGAAGUGUGGCCGAGACCCGUGCUCUGGCGGAGCAAGUCUGA